ACCCAAAUUUCCUUCGCCAACCUAGCGUAACAUUCUCAGCCACCGCCUCACCUCCGCAUCUGUACGGUGUAAUCGUCUCACCAACACCCGCCUCAACAUCUUCGUCGACCACAACCAUAACCAUUGGCACUCGCCCCUGCGUCAACCGAUCAUCAUUUUCCAUCUUCUUUUGGCAUCACUUGCACCCUCUAUGUUCGCCGGUCGCCACUAUUAAGCUAAUAGACCGAUCGCCACUGUGUUGUCCUCACCGACAACCGGUCAUCAUAUACAUUCGACGCUUUCGACGACUCUCAGCACCUUUACUACGCCCAAUCGUCAACAAAGUUUUCAUAGCCAUUUCUUUGGGCUGCAAGCAAUGAUGAAGUUGUAAAAAGGUGGAACCCCUAAUUAUUUGUAUAAGCAAGGUUGUACAGAACUGUUGAUCUCAGGGCUUUGUUGUGAGUGAACAGUUUGUCCAGCUUCGUUAUACGAGGGGAAUUGACGCCAUCUGCAAUAAAAACCAUUCUCCCCUAAAUGGGAUGCCAAAAGGCUUUCACUGUUUACAACUACUACUCUGCAGCAACAACAAUAUUAACUAGAAGACAAAUGUCAUCAAGCAGCCCUUGCCGUAAUCUGUUCAUUGGAGGCCUUUCAUAUGAUACAAAUGAAACUAUUUUGAAUGAAGUUUUUAAGAAGCACGGUGAAUUGAUUGAAGUGAAGGUAAUAUGUGACCAUAGAAGUGGCAAGUCGAAGGGCUAUGGGUUUGUGAAAUUUAAUUCAGAAACUGCAGCAAAUGAGGCAUUAAAGGAAAUGAAUGGCCAGUUUUUGGAUGGCAGAAACAUACGUGUCCAUUGUGCCCAUAAAGGAUGACUUCAAGAUGCCACCCUAAAGGCUAAAGGAAUUAUCAUAUGGUUAACCUAAUGGCUGAGUUGUCUGCACAAGCUCAGCAUGUUCACAGUACAUCAGAAAACAAAGAUGGGAUCAGAACAGACUCCAACCAAGAUGUUGUACAUAAUAAUACUUCAGAUGCUGCAAAGCCUGAAGAAACUGAGAGGAAAGCUAGGAUUGAUGUUGUUUGGCAGCAGAUGAACAAAGGAGUGCCUUCCAAAACUCUUAUUUCCAUGUUAAAGAAGCAUAGUUCACCAGUCAAACCAAGUAUGACUAAGAGUUCAAAGUCAUCCACUAAUUGGAUGACAGUACUGGGGUUGGCACCAAAAAAGGCAGCAUCCCCUGUCCAAAGUGCAACUGAAAAGCAGCCAACUAAUAUCACACAGUUGGAGACCAGUGAAGAUGCAAAGAACCUGGCUGCUGCUGCUCUUGCUGCGGCGAAGGAUGCUAUUUCUACUGCUGCAGCAUCUUCCAACAGGGGCAAAAUUGAGGUUUCAGAAGUUAGGGACUUUGCUGGAGAACAAGUAGAGGUAAAGAAGUACGUGGAUGCCAGCAGCUUAAAAGAGGGAGUAUCAGACAAAGCAAAAGGUCAACCAGCAGGGACUGUUUCUGCAGUUGAUGCUGUUCUUGAACAAAUAAGGAAGAAACAGAAACUUAGUGUGCUGGAUAAGACAAAGAAGGACUGGGUAGAGUACAAGGGAGAACACAAAGGUGUUGAAGAGGAGCUGGAUGCUUACAAGAAGAGCUCAAAUCAGUAUCUAGAUAAGGUUUCUUUCUUGCAGCGUGCCGAUUACAGAGAAUUUGAGAAGGAACGAGAUGUCCGGCUUGCAAUUCAGGCCAAGAGGAAACCUGAUAUGCGGGAGGACUAGUGAAGGUGGAUUGUCGGUCAUAGUGUAUGUGUAUGCUCCCGUCUAAUCUGCUUUUCGGCUAUCCACGCCCUUGGAUUCUCUGACAGUUUUGGAAGAAGGAAGAGCAAGGUGUGAUGAUCUACAUAUUCCUUGGACCAAUUCAUUUUCAUUAUGUACCAAAAAAGUUGCACUAGUAAUCGGUAUCCUCUAUUCUUGUCAUUCCCAGUAUUUCCCACCAUGUACCAAUAAAAUUGCACUAGGUCUCUAUUCCCCCCACCCUAACAAUAACUUUUCUAUGUCUUUAUGCAAUGUUUGCAAUACUGCACACAAUUUUGAAACAUCAUUUUGUUUCAUUAUGAUAAAUUCAAGCAAUGCUAUUUACUUGAGGCACGCCUCUCUGAAGGUAGGAUAUGAUUUGUUCCUUUGUAUUCAGCACAUGUCAGAGAUAUUUCAACGAUAUAUCUGUAGUCAUUUUUGCCCACC